CUAAGUUCUGGGUGACAGUAGAGUUGCCAAGGCAACCAUGGUGCGUCUUCAGACAACAAAGAGGACCAGUCUUUCAUUUACUGUUAAGAUUGAAACAACGAUGAGCACAGAGGUGAUUCAGUGGACAGUCCAAGAUGUGGCUGAUUGGUUGACUGCAAACUGUUUCCAGGAUUUCGUCCCUACAUUACAAGAUCUUUAAGCUAGGAGGACGUGUGGGCAACAGUCAUGACAAGAUGCCAGUUUGGAGGAUGCUGGCACAGUUUUGGGCCUCAUGUGUCUGGUGGGUAUAACAUUCAGCUCUAGUUAUAGGCCUAUCAACUACCCGAAACUGAUCCUGAUCUGCAUCUUAAACACAAUGCAAGACAGGAAACCACAGCAAUCACAUGAGACCUGCCUUUCAGACUGGUUGAACAGAGGCUACACACACUAGAGAAACAAAGCAUUGAAAAAGGGAGAAAUGAGAGGCUUUUGCUGUGUUGUUCUUUGGAUAUUUCCAAUUUUUUCUUCCACAAUAGCACCUCCAGAACGUGAGCUUUGUCGUAAGGUUCCAGAGAAAUGUCGGACGGAACAGAAUGUUCCAUUGUGUAUUGAAGAUAGAAUGAAAACUUGUGAGAAUAAAGAUCAUCGAGGCCCUGUGAUAUAUGACCCAAAAUAUUUCUCAAUCCAAAUUUCCUCAGAGGAAACAGUCGAUACAGAGAGAGGAUAUUUAAUCCACAUCUCAGACGAGGCAUUACAGAGGAGCAGGAAUGGACUGGGGGAUCCCAAUUUAAUUGUGUCUCUUAUCAAUGAGACUUUCUUCAGGGUCAGCAGCAGUUUAAACACCAAGAAGGGGAAUGACUCAAGUAAGCCAGACACAAUAUUGCACGGGCAAACUGUGUUGGGAGUGUGGCUUGGUAAGAAUGAAGUUCAGAACCUUUCUCAGCCUGUUCAGAUCAGAUUCAUAGACACCAAACAGAGUCAAAAUGGAACCUGUGUCUACUGGCAUUUUGAAGACAAUGGCAAAGGUAACUGGAGGACAGACGGCUGUAAUACUACCAUCGACAACGGAGACUUUGUAUGCAGCUGUAAUCAUCUGAGCUUUUUUGCAGUGCUCAUUGAACUGGCUCCAGAAAUGACUUCUUCAGUAUUCCAAAUGUGUACCUGAGUUCAGAAGGGUUGCUCAAGUUCAGUCCAUAUAUCAGUCCCAGCAACAUGGUUUUGCAGACUGUAAACUGCUAUAGGUCCUGAAGAACUGUAUCUUCCAACACUCCAACAUCUGCUGGACUGUCUUCAAUGAUGCAGCUUCAAAUAGAUUCCCACGAGUCUUCCGGAUCACCUCCUGAUUGCUGCCAACCUCUGUAUCCUAGAAGUAUUUAAAAGGAUGGAGAACUCAAAUUCUUUCGUAUUAACUUUAACAAAGCAUUUAUUAACCUUGAAAAAAAAA